AAUCUCUGCUGCUGUCUGAGGUCUCCCAGGUGGGCCAGAUGUGGCUCUUUGGGCAGUGCCUGCUAGUAGCCGGAGGCUGCUUUGUGCAGGGAUCCUUUGCCCGAGAACAGAGCGGCUACAAAAUGGGUCCCUGUUUCCCUCUGUGAAAUGUUGGCAAGCGUGCAGACGUGUUCUCUCCCCCUCCCCCCCCAGAUGUCUGGCUGUGUAGCUCAAAGGCCUGCUGAGGCAGAAGGAGACCAUUUUCCCUGGCAGGGGCUUUCAGCAGAGCAGACACUUCCAUCACCCAAGGAGCUGUGUCGGAGGAAGAAAAAGGGGCCCAAACAGCCAAGGCUCGAAAAAGGCGGCGUCUUGUCUGUCUGUUAUCAUCUGGAGGAGCUGAAGAGACGGCAAAGCAUCAUCGAUGAGCUGAAGAAGGCUAAAUGGGGUGGGUGUCCGCCCCAGCCAUCUCACGAAGGAGACAGCAGUGCAGCUGGCCCGCACCACGGAGCGCCAUGGAGCCCCUUCAGCAUGCCAGGCGCUACAGCCCACUUCUAUGAAAAGGAGGACUCGGUCUUCCAGAGACACGGCAAUAAACAGCUUCUCUAUCCUGAGUGGGACUCCGGCCGGAGAGAGCAGCAGAGCAUUCCUCCAGGAAGCCCCGCCUUCCCCUACACCAGGGCUACUCCGGGCAGGCAUCAGAUGGUGGCAGCCUGUGAGCCUGAGGAAGACUUUGGAGGAUUCCACCUUCAGUCAGAGGAAUGAUCCUGCAACGCCGCCAGUUACCAGGGCAGAAAAGCUCUUCCCAAAGUGCUAGCGGUCUGUGUGGGAGGGAACCUGUCGCAGACAUCCCUGUUGGGCUGCCGUUGAUCUGUGCAUACAGAAGUAACCAAAGGCACCCGGCAGGAACGGGGGAACUGAGAUGUGCGGGGAAGGCUCUGUCACCAAAGAAGCAUGGGCCUGUGUAAACCCUCCUGU